AUGUCCACAAUUCCUGAACUCUACAACGAAAAGUGCCAUUGUGCUGGAUGUAGUCAGAACGAUCUCGGCUAUAGUUUUGUUGCCAGAAGAACUGCUCAACGUCAUAACAAAAGGGCAAGACUAAAUGCCAUAAGAUGUGAAAGGGACAUGUCUACCCAAAGAAAUAUGAUGGAGGUCGAUGAUGAACCUAUCUUAACCCAUCAACCCGGAACCCUGAAAGAAUCGUACACUCAGACAAACUCACCUGUUUGGGAAGGAGCUUCAAUGUCUGACACUGAAGACGUUUCCGUUACUAAUGACGCGAUCAGCAAUGGCGACAAUGAUGACAGUGGAAGCAACAGCAAUGAAAUCAGUGAAGACGAAAGCGAAGACGAUGUUAUUGAGCUCGACGACAAUGAAUUGAAUAGUGAAGACCCUUUUGCCACCCCCGAUAUGCCCCAGAACCCAGUGCACAGGUUCAUUGCUACUUUUGUGGUGAUGUUCGCUUCCCACUAUGUGGUUGACAAGGGCGCCGUUGUCUUGAUCGAGUUCAUCAACAAGCUUUUGACAAUUUACCAGCAGGAUUUCCAACUGCCCUUGAGCCUUCCUGGUCUUCAGCGCAUGACAGGUUUCUCAGCCAUGACCAAAGGCAUAAAGAAAUUUGUUGUGUGUCAGGAUUGUCACAAGGUGUACGAAGAAAGUGCAUCUGUCCCGUCUCAUUGCGAUUUUGUAAAGCUUGGUGCACGCUCGUCUUGCAACUGCCAAUUGAUGAAAACAUCAGCAUCGGGUGCUUUGGUGGCCAAGCGUUCAUACUUGUACCAGUCCAUUUUGCAUCGCCUUGGAUACCUUGAUCUAGUACGUGGAACGAUCAUCGAUCCCAUGCAUAAUUUAUUCCUGGGAACGCCUAAAAGAUUGAUGGAUCGUUGGAUCAAAGACGAAGACAUUCAAGAUGGCGAUUUUGCGGCAAUGCAGAAGACUGCAGAAACGAUGAUUGUGCCUGGUGGAUACACCUCUUUGAACUCGAAAAUAGGAAAGCAGUUUUCGUAUAUGAAGGCAGACGAGUGGAAGUCAUGGGUGCUCAUAUACUCGCCAGUUCUGUUGAAAGAUGUUCUUGCAAAAGACAGAUUCGAAAACUGGAUUAACUUUGUUGAUGCAUGCCGCCUGUUGAUCAAGCCAACGAUCACGUUCGAUGAAGUUAACACUGCCCAUCAGUUUCUUCAAACUUUUUGCACCAGAUGUGACGAGCUGUACAAUGCCGAAAUCCUCACCUGUAAUAUGCACCUACACCUCCAUCUUCGAGAUACAAUUCGUGAUUUUGGACCAGUGUACGGUUAUUGGCUAUUCGGGUUCGAGCGGUUUAACGGGUUGUUAAAAAAUUUGAAGACAAACAGGAAGAUCGGGUUUGAAGAAACAUUUAUGAAGAAAUUUAUUGAAGAUGUGCACAAAGACGAUCUUGUCAACAGUUUCCUUCAGAGUACCUGCCAGACAUCUGCAUUUCCUCUCCUUACCAAACUCACUUCUUCCUUUACACCCGCCACCAUUCCAUCUAUCCGUCAACGUACCUUCCGCAUACAGUCAUUUGUCGAGGCUUCUGAAGAUCCAAAUGUACUUGUAAAAGGCAACGAACCUCUCCCUCCUUCCGCAUUCCCUCUAUCAUUAAAAUCCGCUACCACAAUGAGUGACAUUCACUAUGUUCAUCUCUUACAAUACUACAAAGUUGCGUACAACAAUGAACAAUUAGUUCACUUUCAACAAGCGUCAGAAUCAUCAUACUUUGUCGACAAUACAAUCACCCUGUUGAAAUACAUCAACAUCCUUGGGCAGGUCUACAAGGGUAAAGGUGAAUCUGGAAGUCGUGGCUCUCUUGUACAAGCAAAGUUCAUUGGAAGUACUGGUGAGCAUAUCAUCGCAUACACGGGUCAAAUACAGUACAUUUUCACCCAUUCUUUCACUCCUCCACCUACCUCUUCAUCCCUUACUCCCUUGCUCCGCACCCAUCGCCGCCCAACACAACUUCUUCACAAUUCUCAACAUACUUUUGCAUUUAUCAAAUGGUACACACCCGAAAAUGAUAAAUCGCGAGAGUACGAACACGUUGAAACCUGCUUUCCAACAUUUUCUCCUGACGAUUUCCAAUGUGUAUUGCCAGUGCAUAGAAUUAUGUUAGAAGUAGCAACUGCUGAGCACACAACACGCAGAAAAGUAAAAAAGAUGCUGGUCAUUCCUUUGCCAAAAAAACAAUACAUUUAA